AUGCUAAACAGCAACCCUCUGGAACUUAUUUACAGCAAUGAGGAUCCGGCUACAUAUUUGCACUACAAUGGAACCAGAACAACUCCUGAUUUACUCGUGGCUUCAAGCAACAUCAGUGAGCAUACACGGCGCAAAAUAAUUAACAAUCCUGGUUCUGGUCACAAACCAGUCAUUGCUAAGAAUGAACUUCACAGACGUUCCCUCAACUUCAACCAACAUACUGAGAAACUUUGCNUUAUAGACAUGCUAAACAGCAACCCUCUGGAACUUAUUUACAGCAAUGAGGAUCCGGCUACAUAUUUGCACUACAAUGGAACCAGAACAACUCCUGAUUUACUCGUGGCUUCAAGCAACAUCAGUGAGCAUACACGGCGCAAAAUAAUUAACAAUCCUGGUUCUGGUCACAAACCAGUCAUUGCUAGUAUUACAUGA